AUGGAGCCAUCGACAGACGAUGGUGACGUUAAUGCACUGCUCAAAGUGAUUACUGAGCAGGUCAAGCGGUUGCGGGUGUCGCAGAAGAUUCACGGAGAUUUUCACGUGCAAGUCUCAGAUGAUCUGAAGCAGUUGGCUCUGCUCUACAUAAUGAAUGGUGAGCACGACAAGGCACUUCCGUUACUGCAUCAACGCCUUGUUAUUCAUGAAAAGUAUGGCCCAGAUGAUCUAACAGCAGAGGUGCUACAAGAGCUGGGGAUGGUCUAUCGACUUCACGGAAUGCGGGACAUUGCCGUGCAGCAUUUGUUGCGAGCUCUGACACUACGGGAACAAUGUCACGGCAAAAACAGCCUUAAGGUAGCGGAAACGCUAAAUAGUCUUGCCGUCGUAUAUCAAAUACAUGGUGAGAUGGAGCAGGCAGAGUCAUAUCAGCUGCGUAGUCUACAGGUUCUCCAUGACAGUGCCGAGCCGGAAGAUAUCGAGAGCGAGGAUAUUCCAUGGGAGGUUUACAAGCGACUGAAGCAGAAACAUGGACAGUCUAUUUCAGCCGACAAAAUCAAUCUUUUGAAAGGCAAUAUGCGUAAAUGUGUCAUGGAUGUUGUGUACACAUCUGCGGGUAACUUGGGUCCGACUGAAGACUCUAUGAGUGUUGAUAAUAGCGAAACUCAAAAAGUGAAGAACAAUGCGGCGAUGGACACGGAUACAAGCGAGCAAAUUGGUGCGACACCAGGUCGACAGCGAGUCUUGCGCUCUCACUCCGAUGCUGCGAUACAUCAUCUAAAUAUCCUUCGCGACUCUGGUGCUCAGUUGCAUCGUUCCCACACUAACGCUUUCGAUGAAAGUGAUGUCAAUGCCGACUUGGAGCAACCUGCUCGUAUAAGAACAAUCCAGGAUGCCCAAAUCUUCCCAUCUUCUCACCAAGCGUCAGCAAAUACCAGUGCUGACACGCAAGCAAUGGACGACAGGACUCGACAUCUGCUGUCGGAAGCUAUGUCUAUCCCACAAAUUAUUAAUGAUCUGUCAACACUGCAACAGCGAGUUGAGUCAGUAAAGCACCACAUACUCGCCGGAUAUUCAAGUGCUAUUACUGAAGUGGCUAGAUUGGAAGCAGACGUGAAUCGCAUACAUACAUACGAACUUCGUGAAGUUGGAUUAACAAUGGUUGCUUUAGUGCAUGACAUAAAUAGACUUUGCAUCUGCACUGCUUCGACACAGCAGCAAUUGCCUAUUCUAGAAGGAAUGCUGGAGAAGAAGAGUGCAUCAACUAUUCGAGGUUGGGAAAAGCGAUGGUUUAAAUUUGAUCCCAAUACGUUUAUAUUGAACUAUCACUUUAGCAAGGAUGACGAUGCGCGAGGAUUUACACCUCGUGGUGGUUUUGCUGUCUCUCGAAUUUCGAAUAUACUUGUCAAGUAUCACGCUCAAGGCGAUCACUUCUACUUUGAUGUGGUUGUCGACUUGAGGGUGCCUAAUAUUGUCGAAACGACUGCUGACAUCGCUUUUUCCAAGAAGGAAAUGGAAGGUGGAGACAGUAUCGUCCUAGAAGAAGAGAUCGAUCCCAAUUAUGAGCCGACAGAGAAGGAGGUGCUAGAGUACGCGACAUGGCUUGGAAUGGAUUUGGAAGCCGAGCGCGACUUAUUCUGGAUCGCUCGAGAAGGUCUAAAGGCCCCACUCCCAGCUAAUUGGAAACCCUGUAAGACUACGGACACAGAAGAAAUUUAUUAUUUUAACUUUGCCAGUGGUCAAAGCACGUGGGAUCAUCCUUGUGAUGAGUUCUAUCGCAAUUUGUACGAAGAACACAAGAAAAAGUUGCACGGACAAGGCGCGCAGGAAAGAGAUGAAAAGAAGAAAAAAGCUCAAGCAGAUGUGGCGGAGUUGCUGGGUCGAAAAAAUGGUGGAAAGAAGAAAAAAGCACCCUUUACUCAAGCAGAGUUACUUGGUGGGCCAUCCGUGGGAUUAUCAAAUGUGUUUGAAAAGAAGCCUCUACCUGGGGUCACUAGUAGGCUGGGAUCAGUGACAGGAGGAGGAUUGAAGCCUGUUGCGGGUCUUGGACCUCUUAGGAGUGAAGCCAAGGAAUCACGUGGAUUUGGUUUUCAAUUGGACGGCAAAAUUGAGAACCUUAAGACUAACGAAUCGGUCAAAGUUUUAUCGAGAACCGCACUUGGCAACCCUCUCACUAAGAAGCCUCAACUGACCUCCUCAUCAACUAUAACGACAAAAGCAGAAGAAACCAUAAAAAAUGAUGAUGAUGUCUUUGACGAAAAGCGUAAGAAAGUUGACCAAGAUUAUGCGGAAAUGGUGCGCAAAGUUGAGGACACUCAUGCCAGUAAUCUUGAUGCGUUGCGAAAGAAGCUCAAGGUAGAAUUUGAGGAUGUUCAGGAUGCAGAAGAAAUGAAGCUGAAAUAUCUCAAGCGUGAGUUGGACAAGAAAAAAAAUGCUAUGGAAAAUCAAUUUGAUCAAGAGGAAAAUGCCUUAAAGCGCAUUCACAACGACCGAUUGAAGCGUCUUGAGGCUGAUAAUGAAAAUAUCAUCCGAUACAAAAAAGAGGAGCUGGACCGGGAUUCUAAGGCAGAGAUUGACAAAUCGCGAUCCAGGCACGAAGCAAAGCAACGCGAGAUUCAGGAGAACUUCGAACAAAAAGAGAGACAUUUACAAAGCAAGAUGAAGGCUGAUUUUGAAAAGAUAGAGGAAGCAACACAGCUUGUCACUGAGCUGAAAUUGAAGAUUGAACAGCUACACGAUCAACAAAAGACUCUCGAACUAGAUCUUAAAACGGCAUAUAGUGAAAAGCAGGCUAUACUGCAGGACAAAGUCAAUGCAGAGAACGAACGCGACAAAGCUCAGUGUGAGGUAUAUAAUCUUCAGAAGCAACUUUCUGAAACUAGUUGUCGUGCAGACCCAUUUCACGAAUCUUGUUCAAAAUGUCUUGAGCUGGAGGAAAAAAAUGCACAUCUUUACGGAAAAUGCAUCGAGGCUCAGAGUCAGGUUGAAAAGCUACAGAAAGAGCUUUCGAAACUACAAGAAGAUUACGAUAGCGCUAAAAAGGCACACGCCGAUCUAGAUCUAGAUUUUUGCAAUCGAGAAGCUGCUUCAAAAGAAGAGAUAGCAGCCCUGCUGGAGAAGGUGUCCAUUUUAGAAAUGGAAUCGAGUACGCUAAGAUCAAAUGGUGCUACUCUGCAAAGCAAGAUUGAUUUGAUGGGUCGAAGUUAUGAUAUCCUUACGUCAGAGCGAGAGACUACACAGCUCGAAACAUUACAAGAGCAGCUAGCUGCUUCUCAAGCUGAGGCUGCCAAUACGAAGAUUACAUUACAAAACUUACAAUUUCAACAUGCUGAGACUCUAACGCGCAACUUGCAAAUCGAAAAGCUACUAACUGAACCAGCAAAUGAAAAAAACGAAUUAUGCAAGCAGUUGGAGUCAAAUAUUGAGGAGGAUGCGAAGGCUAGUAAGUACCAGCAGAACCUACAAGCACUGCAGCAGCAACUUGACAAUGAAAUACGAUUACGUCAGGGGCUGGAGGAAUCAUGCAAUGCUUUGCAGAACGAGAUAAGUGCUCUGGUGCAAAUAAAAUGUAUUCUUGAAACAAAAGUUGAAAGGUACAACAGACUUCACGAUAGCAUCACAUCCACCGACGAAAAGGCAGGCCUCCUUGACCUUCAAGUCGAAGAUGGACCCCGACAAAAGGCGCAGAGCACUUUAAAUGAAGAAUCAGAAUCACUUCGUGCUGGGAUCGAGCUCUUGAUGUUCGAGAAAGAUGCUUCUAUUGGACAAAACCGACAGAGACAACAAGAGAUUGACGAGCUUGCGAGUCAUCUUGACAGAUGUAAUGGACGAGAGAAAGAUGAGUGUAAACAAUGUUUCGUUUAUGAAGCUAGAGUUAUAUCGUUGCAAAACGAAAAGAGUGAUUAUAUUCUUGAACUGAAAACCGUACGAACCGAAAUUUCCGAGCUCCAAAAUGGGAUGACAGCAGAGCGAGAAAGAUUUGUGAAAACUAUAACAAAUUUACAGCGAGAGAGGGACAUUGCAGCAGCUAAAUUUCAGGAUCAAGAGACUCUUCUUAAGCAUGAAGUUACAGAACUUCAGCGAAAGUUAAGCUUAUUGGAGGCGAGCCAAACGAGUUUGAUAGACAAUUGUCAUACUGCCACGAUUGAUGUAGCUGGUAAAUAUGAGUCAGAUCUCUCGUCUUCGGAAUCAGAAGCGCAAAAGCAAUAUCUUGAGCAUCAACCAUCAGCGUCCAACGUUGAAAUUGCAAGCGCAAAAAGCGAACUUUAUCACCUACGUACGGAUCAUCAAAAUCUUUCACUGACGAAUGCAGAGACAGAAGGAAAACUAGCAAAAGGCUCAGACGAGAUUAAGAAUCUUUGUAAACAACCAAACAUUAUGAUAGAGGAAGACACUCAGCGUUUUGCGGAUACAACGAAUAUUUAUCAAGAGCAGGUUUAUAAAUUACAGCAACAACUUGACGAGGAAUCCCGUUGUAGUAGAGAAAAGGAGAAGGAAUGUGACACAUUGCGUAAUGAGCUACACACGGUAGAGCAAGCGAAGCUCAAAGUAGAUGCUCAAUUGGACCAGUUGAAAAGUGACAAACGCUACUUAGAGUCAGAGAUGGCCACGCUUGUCUUGCGUCUGGAUAAUGUGAAUGUACUUCGGAAACGGGAAAAAUCGGUCAUGUCUGUAGAGAAUUCUCUUGCUGAGAAACGAAUACAGGUAGAGCAGUUGCAAGCAAGUUUGGACCUUAUGAAAGUGGAUAAUAAGCAUUUAAAUUCCCGCGUAAAGGCGCUAACUCAAGACUUUGAACAAGUACAGACAAAAUUGCAUCGACUAGAGACUGAGUAUGAUAAAGAACAUGCUAUCUCCCAGUCACUUGAACAUGAGAGAGACACAACGUUACAACGACAACGAGUACUUGUUGAUGAGCUGGAAGAUUGUCAAUGCAAGCAUCGUGAGCUGCUAAUUGAAAUAUCGGAAUUGCACAAUCAAUUGAACAAUGCAAAGUCAAGUGAGCAAGCUGCAUUAAGUAAUGAGAAUCAAAUUGCUCAGAAGCUACUUCAAUUAGAGCAGCAGUUUGAAUGCACUAAAAACGCAUUGAAAAUGAAAUUAGGACAGACUGAAGUGCAAUUCAACAGCUCUCUCAGGGCUAAGGAGCAAGCUGAAUUGCAGAUCAAAGUGAAGGAGAAUGAGCUUGCCAAAUUCAGUCAUGAAGCUACUAGAAGGGAGAAUGAGUUACAGACGCUUCAAGCCCGCAUAAAGUCUUUACAAAGUGAUAAAGAUGAACUUCACGCAGCACUGUUAGCCGCAAACAUUGCCGAUAGAGCGACGGCUUUUGCCAACAGUGAUUCGGCGAAAUUGGGGAGUGCCGAUAGGGAUGCAAUGCUGGUCAAACUUCAGCUAGCACACGCGAAUGAGACAGAGUUGAAAGCUCACCUAGCUGAUGUCUUGAUACAAUUGGAGACGUCAACUCGCCAAUGUGGGACACUGGAAGCGCGUUGCCGCGAUCAAGGUACCGAAAUUGAGUCGCUUCACGAAGAAGUCACUUCCCUUCGAUUGGUGUCUCAAAAAAUGCAUUCCUCUGCGCUGGAAACAUUGACUCUUGUGGAAAGACUCGAAUACGAACAUAAGAAACGAAUUUUGAGAAAUGACUUUUUGAUUCAGCUGCAAGAUUUCCAGCAGCGAGAACAGCAGGCUCAUGUUCGACACAAAGCUCGUAUACGUGCGAAGUAUGAAAGACAAAUAGAUGACAUGAUAGCCGAACUAGAAAAAACACGGCGUCAGCGUGUGGAACAAGAGGAAAUGCUCUCUGUACAAAUGUUACAGCAAAUACGACACGAGACAGAUAUAAAGCGGAAUGAGGCGAAGAAGCAGAUGCGAGCAGAAUUAUUACAAUUGGAAGAAGAGCUGCAUCAGCGUAAAGCUCGUGAAUUUGAAAUCAUUACCAAGGCUUUUGACAAGGAAGAAGAUGACUUAAGCACGAAACUUCGUGACAUUCGUCAAGUGAAGCGCGAGGAGACUUUUGUAGAGCAGCGCAAUUCUUUACUAGAGGAUAAUGCAGAAGGCAAACUAUUGCAAAAUCACCCUUCUCCAGCAUCUAUGCGGCAGCUGAAAAAGAGACAAAAUGAUUCUGACGGAAAUGACAGCGUCUUGAUGCCAAGUAGUGCUCAAAUCAUCAAGAAGCCAAAUCGUCGUCAUAAUUAUCGCGCGAAGAUGUACCAAAAGUGGAAGCAGCGACUCAAAGAAGAAGAAAAUGCUCUUUUGACUGCACGGAACCUGGUUUUUAAUCAACGUGAUGGUCUAGCAAAACAGGCACAGCAGCUUAAGACAAGCAAAGUUGAGUGGAAACGAACUUCCCGUGUAUCUGAAGCUAAUCUGGUUAACCGAGAAGUGAAGCGCAUGUUUGAUGAGAAUAUGUCAAACUUGAGCGAAGGCAUGCGAAAGUUGCGCGAACAAGAAGGAUGGGUGAAACAGCGGGAACUUACCGUUGCUAAAAUGAAGCGCAUGGUUAACCGGCUACGACAAGGAAGUAUGCAUGACAACAACCUUUCUGGGACAAGUAGCGAUGAUGAUCAAGACGAAUUUUGUAACGAGUGGUCGGAUUACUCGAGCCCAAACGAGCCUCUCACAUCUACGCUUGUGAGAUUGGGGAGACUCGAAGAAAAGUUGGUUUCCGGUGCCUAUCAUUCCUCAGAAAGAGCCCCCAAAAUUAUCAUAGAUGACUUGAACACCGUCUAUCAAACUCCUCAAUCGUACAUCGCAAGUGAUGGCACAUAUCGGUAUCCAUCACUCAAGUAUUGUACAGCAAACAGAGCGAGGAGAAUUUCGGCUGGACCAGAGAGGCGCUGGAUUGACUUGCAACGCGGAUCGGGUUUGCGUGGGUAUUGUUUCGAGCCCGAUUCUACAGCCCGCAGUGCCGCUCAUGCUGAGCUAAUUUUCAAUCAGAAUAUUUCACGCUGGGCAAAAGGCCGCGAAAAGGUGAAACGUGCUGCCACUAAUCAUGCAACAUGGCUGUCGAGAUUGUGUGACGAGCUAAAUGAGUAUGGAGCCAAGUACACGCAAACCAUGGUAGAGUCGAAAGACGUGAGCAAUGAUUUUGCACUACACAAAAGUGAAGGGAGGGAUACAGAUAAAUGA